UUGAAGCCUUAAAAUGUCCAAAACCCAAGACGUCCCAACCUCAAAAACCCCUCAAACCCCACCCCCAAAACGCCCCAACCCUCAAACCAGCCCUCCCCCAAAAAAUAUCAAAAAACCCCUCCUUUCAUCAAUUUCAGAUUCGAUCAGUUUUCUAGAAGAAAUUGAUAGAGAAUUAAGAGAAAAGGAAGAAGAAAAUCUUGAAGAAUCAGAAGAGGAACUGGAAGCUCGAUUAAAAGAAGAACAAAAUUUAAUACUAAUUCCAACCCUUUCAAUGCUUAAAAUAAAGAAAAGAAUAAAAAAUGAGGAGGAAGAAUUAAAAGAGAUUAGAAGACAUCCAAGAUUAGACAAUUCUAUCAACAAUAAAAACAAUAGAGUUGACAAUUAUUUAAUUAAACAACAAAAUCGAGUUGGAAAAAUAAAUAAAUUGAAGGAAGAAAAUGAAGGCUGCGGCACUGGCAAACAAGCAAUUUGGAUAGCUGUAGAAAAUGCACGUUUUAAUCCGAGCUCAAUUGACCACUUCUCCCCCACCACCAACCAUGACACCAAUAUUCAAACCACCACCUCAUUCACAACAGAAACCCCCAAAGAAUGUGCCAAAUUUUGUUCAAACACAACAACCACUUUUUUUGACAAUUUUGGACGUCGACGCCGUUGCAAUGCUUUUUCCUUUAAUGAAAAUGAAAAAUUAUGUCAACUUGCCUAUUCAAAUGUUGAGUUUCCGUCGAUGCUGGUUCAAACAACAGAAGCUGAUUUUGUACAGAGAGCGUUCAGGAGGCUUUGUUAUGGUGGUAAGAGAGCUUUUUUGAAGCGUUAA